UAGCAGUACAAAAUGAGUUGUGCUGCACACUUAUUAUCGGUUGUGUUUUGUGCGUUGAUUGACACAUUGUUACUGUGACUCAACAAGUCGUACUGAUUUAUUUAUCGUUUUGUUAAAGUUUGUUUGUCCAUUUUUAAGUUAAAUAAAGUUAUACAAAUACAGUCUGAUAAUGUACGAGGACAAAAGUUUUUCUGGAAUUUAUGCUCAUGAUUGUCCUGGCAUUUCAUUCGGUCAAAAUUUUUCCAGCCGAAAUUCGAACAUCGAUGAAAUACAUCCAACGAGCGAAAGUCCCACAAUUGUUAACCAUAAAGAUCAAACAAGCAAACUAAUGGAUACGCCUUCGUCGAGCAAAGAGUUGCCUGUGCAUCAACAUAAAUGGCCAGAAAAUGAAAAUACCUACAUGAUUGGUGAUAUUAAAACGUGGACCAAAUAUCGACCAAAAACUGAUGGUUCAUUAAAUUUUACAGAGCUCAUUGAAAAGCAUACCAUCGUUGACAGAACUUAUGUGCAAGUGAAUUCUGAUGCCGCUCCCAAUGGUUUGACACGUCAUAAAUGUUUUUGUCCUGAAGAUAUAUUUGUGGAUUACAGUCCGAGAAAACAGAUUCCAUCCGCAUCGACCACUUAUACGGUUGGAUUUGGUGACUUGGCUGAAGCUACACUAUAUAAAUGCAUAGUAUCAACACCUGAAGUAAAAUCGAAUGUCCAAAGAAUCGAAAUGGAUCGUGUACAAAAAACGAAAUCCACUGAAAACUAUUAUGCACAACAUCGUGAAUUCACAUACAAUGAUGGUGAAUUUCCAGUGAAAUCAAAUCGAUCUGAACUGAAUUGGUCGUGUGUGCCGCUGGGCAAGGGUGUCACAAAGUCAUUUCGUAUCAAGAACAUCAGCGACAAAUGGAUGGCCAUUCAACUUGAAGCCAUUGGAACAUCGUUUGAAAUAACAUCACAUGGAGGCAAAGGAAAAUUAAUUUUGCAUGGCAAUGAAAUUCGACAAAUCGACGUCACAUUUUAUCCAUCUUAUGUUGGUGCAAACGUUGGAAAAAUAGUAUUUAAACCAGCAAACAAUUGGCCUGAUGGAACAAUGCGUUUUGUAUAUUUAUUUGCAUAUGGUGGAACUGCAAUGUUAAAACUUCGUGGUGUUGAACGCAAUUUUGGCAAUGCAGCCACCUGUUUACGACUUGAAGUGAAUGAAACUACAAGUAGAUUGACAUCAUUAACUGGAUAUUUUAGCAUUUUUAAUACAUCGCCGGUGGAUGGCGUGGUAAUAAUGUUUAUCAAACCAAAAAUGGGGAACAGUAGUUCGUUUACGCUGAACGAAAGCCAGAUUUUCAUUCAAUCGAAAAAGCAUAUUAUUAAACAAAGUAAUGCAUGUAUUAUACCAAUUUUUUGCCAACUUCGCCAUCAAGAUUUGGAACAAAUACAAAUGGAAUUCAGUGAAGACGAAGAAGAUAUUGUCAUUGCUACAAUUGGAUUUUAUUAUGGUCCGGAACCAAAUCGACAACGUAUUAUUAAAAUUUUACAACAGAAUCGAAACGAUUCAUCUUUGAACAAAAUGUAUGACGUAUUGAGACAAGGAUUUCCACCAACAGACAACGAUCAAUUCGAUGAGUUUCGUGAUCGCAUUGAAAAUGCUCAUGAAUUGUACGCACAAUUUUUGAAAUCAGAAAUCGAAUUGGUAAUCAAACGGUCUUGUUUACAUGAUGCGUUUAGUUCUACCGCAUAUAUUACGUGCACGGAUAAAUCUCGUUUUGAUGACACCAAUAAUCAAUAAAAUAUUUCACAUUCUCUUGUAAUUCAUUUUUAAGUGGUCAAAGAAAUAAAACAAUUAAU